AUGUCCAAUUGGAUGGUUCUUCAUCUAGUUAUUGGCCACGCAUUGUUGUGUUGCUUUGUGAAUUCAAUGGAAUUCGAACUGAAACCGGGUCACCCCAAGUGCAUCUCCGAGGACAUCAAGUCCAAAGUCAUCACCGUCGGCGAGUACCGCGUCGUUAAUCCCAACCAAGGGAACCCUAUUCCUCAUUCUCACAAGAUCACUGUCAGGGUGCGAUCACCUUAUGGGAACAGUUAUCACUAUGAGGAUCAUGUGUAUACCGGUAACUUUGCAUUUACUGCAGCUGAGACUGGUGAUUACACUGCUUGUUUUUCAGUGCCGUCUGAUCCCAAUCCCGCAUUAGUUGUCACCGUUGAUUUUGUUUGGAGAACUGGAAUUGUUGCCAAGGACUGGUCUAAGUUUGCUAAGAAAGGGCAGAUUGAAGUAAUGGAAUUGGAGUUAAAGAAGUUGUAUGACUUAAUUACACUCAUUCAUGAUGAGAUGUUUUAUCUUCGUGAAAGGGAGGAAGAGAUGGAAGAUCUUAACACAGAGACUAGCAUGCAGAUACUUACCUUCAGUUUCCUUUCUAUUUUGGUUUGCUUGUCUGUGGCUGGUUUGCAACUAUGGCAUUUGAAGAUAUUCUUUGAGAAGAAAAAGCUCCUCUAG